AUGUCCGUCAAGACCCCUCCAAUCAAAAACCUUCUCCAGGUCACCGAGGACACGGAGAAUGGCCUCACCCUCAUGAAGAAUGUCUCGAUCCCCCUCAAAGACUCGCCACUCCCCAUCCGCGCAAACGUCUACCUCCCACUCACCGCCGACAAGGCCGCCCGCCACCCUGUGUUGGUGACCUACGGGCCCUACGGCAAGGACAUACCCUAUGCCAAGUUCUUCCCCAAAUCGUUCAGCGAGGUCAGCCCGGACCAGCGGUCCAAGUACUCGGCCUGGGAGACGCCCGAUCCCGUCUUCUGGACGAAGCAGGGCUACGCCGUCGUCCGAGCCGACGAGCGCGGCCUGGGCCAGAGCCCCGGCCUGCUCGACACCAUGAGCCGCGGCACGAGCGAGUGUUUCUUUGACGUUGUCGAGUGGGCGGCGGACCAGGAGUGGUCCAGCGGCAAAGUCGGCCUCUUGGGCAUCUCGUACUACGCUGGCUCCCAAUGGCGUGUUGCCGCUCGGCGACCCAAAGGCUUGGCCGCCAUAAUCCCCUGGGAGGGCAUGUCGGACUACUAUCGCGACCGCUGCCGUCACGGCGGUAUCUACUCCAAUAAGUUCAUCGGCGUCUGGUGGAAUCGCCAAGUCCUCGUCAACCAGUACGGCCGGAAAGGCAGAUCCCAGCUGCAGUUCCCGCCCGAUGGACCCGGCGCCAGAGGUCAAGAGGACACCAUCGAAGGCGACCUGCCGGAUGACGUCCUCGUCGCGAACCGCAAAGACCAGACCCAGGACAACGAGGCCAACCGCUUCCGCGACGACGACUACUAUGCCAGCAAGGAGUACAGCUUGGCGGACAUCGAGGUUCCCCUGCUGAGCGUCGCCAACUGGGGCGGCAUUCUUCUUCACCUCCGUGGCAACGUGCAGGGAUAUCUCGGAGCCGGCUCCAAGCUCAAAUACCUCCGUUUCAUCACGGGUCGCCACGACCUCCCCUUCUACUAUCCUGAGGAGGUCGAGCUGCAAAAGAGCUUCCUGGACGCCUUCCUGAAGGGAGAGGACCGCGUUGGCUGGAGCACGCCCGGCAAGGUGCCUCCCGUGACACUGACGCUGCGAAAGGGCAACGUCGGCUUCAACGAUGCCGAAAAGGAGAGGGCGUACCCCAAGAGAGAAGAGACGGCGUGGCCAAUCCCGCGCACAAGGUACACAAACUUUUACCUGACGCCAGACUUCGGUCUGACGACGACGGUGACGACGGCUGGAUCCAGCACUGACCCCAAGACCGUUUCUUACAAGGCCCUGGGCUCCUUGGAGAACCAGCAAGCCGUCUCCUUCACCACAGCACCCUUCGAGCAGGAAACCGAGAUCACAGGUCACGUUACCGCCCACCUCAACGUCUCCGUCACGCCUGACGACGCCGCCAAUGAGACCGACAUCGAUCUGUUUGUGACCCUGAGACACCUCGACCCGGCGGGCCAGGAAAUAUACUACACGGGUACAGCCGGCGACCCCGUGCCGCUCGUCAAGGGUUGGCUGAGAGUGAGCAACCGCAGGGUGCACGAGGAGGACCCCAGGCACAAGUCCUGGCUGCCGCACAGAGAGUAUCUCUCUACCGACGUCCAGCCAGUCAAGGCUGGCGAGGUCUACGCUGUGGACGUGGAGAUCUGGCCGACGAAUGUCGUUGUCGACAAGGGCAGCAAGCUUGUCUUCGAAGUCAGCAGCGGCGACACUCAGGGCAGUGGCAUUUUCCAGCAUUCAUCCGAACUCGACAGGUAA